AGUAUCAAAUUCGAAUAGUGAAAGUAAAUCCGUAAAGAGAGACAAUCUAGGUCUGGUAUUGGAUAUGGAGAACAUGAAUAACCAAUGGGACGUUUAUCCUGAUCACGUAACUAUAUUAGAAAUACUGGGCCAAGGAGCUUUUGGCAAAGUGCAUAAGGCAACAUUAAAGGCAACGCCACAUCAAGAAGAAGUUAGAAUCCUGGCAAAGCUAAAAGGAACGAGUUUGAACGCCAAGAAAACUACUGAAAUAAUUGCAGCAGUAAAGACGUUAAAGGAGGAAGCAGAAUCAAGUGAAAAGCAAGAAUUCCUAAAGGAAAUCAAUCUAAUGAAGAAACUAGGUUGCCAUCAAAAUAUCGUCAACUUCCUGGGCUGUUGUACUACGAGUGAGCCAAACUUUCUCGUAGUUGAGUUCUUACCAAAGGGAGAUUUACUGAAAUACUUGAGAACGAACAGACAUAAGGUAAAACAAAAAACGCACGAGGGAAAAGGUUUGGGAGAAGAUGUUUUGACUCCAAAAGAUAUCACAUCGUUCUCCUAUCAAAUAGCAGCAGGAAUGGRAUAUCUAUCAAGCAAAGGAUUCGUUCAUCGUGAUCUUGCCRCUCGUAAUAUUCUAGUGRCUGACAACAAAGAAGUCAAASUGYCAGAUUUUGGACUGACACGUGACCUUUACGAGGAGAGCGCCUACAAUGCUCGAGUWCAGCGRAAACUACCAAUCAAAUGGAUGUCACCAGAAGCGCUGUACGACCAAGUCUUCACUACUGAGAGUGACGUAUGGUCGUACGGCGUGGUAUUAUGGGAGAUGUUUACAUUGGGAGGUGCUCCGUACCCUUCCUUGUCUACACGUGAGCUGUAUCGGGAAUUACGCCGUGGCUACAGAAUGGAAAAGCCUGUCAUGUGUUCUGAGGAAGUCUAUAAGGUAAYGUCAAAAUGUUGGAAAGAAAACCCAAGCGAGCGUCCAAAGUUUACAGAACUUCGUCAACGAUUUGAAGAGCUUCUACAGGAAGAUAGUCCAUACCUGGACUUCAGUAAUCUGGACAAUAACRAAGACUAUUAUCUGGUACCUUCUUUUAACAGCGCUGGUGACGAUGAAGACGGCUCGGCAUGUUCAUUGCAUCUGUAA